AUGGCUGCUAACAACGAUAUGGAUGAGAGAGAAAAACAGUCUCCAAAAUUAGUUGUUGCAAUGGCUGAUUUCGUCGCAGUAGAUAACACUCAAUUGAGCUUUAACGAAGGUGACGAAAUGACUAUUUUGAGCGAGAGUUCCAGUGUUUGGUGGUGGGCCGAACUAGAUGAAAUAUGUGGAUAUGUUCCGGUGUCCUAUGUGGUACCUGUUUCUGAGUACAUAUCUCGGCACACACAGAAUCACGAUUGGCAGGAUGAAGAGUACUUUGGAGCAUACGGCAAAGUGAAAAUCCACCUUGAGAUGUUAAGCGAUCAUCCAAGAACUCUUGCUUAUCGAAACGCCAUCCAAAAGCAUCGAGAUGUUUUCAUUGGAAAAACUGUCUUAGAUGUUGGAUGUGGUUCAGGGAUUCUGAGCUUGUUUUGUGCUAAAGAUGGAAAGGCAAGUAAAGUUUACGCUGUGGAUGGAAGUGUAGAUAUCGGGGAACUGACCAAAGAACUCGUUGAAAGAAACGAUUUACACAAGAUAAUCACCGUUAUCACAGGAAAGAUUGAAGAAAUUGAGUUACCAGAGAAAGUUGACAUUAUUAUCUCUGAGUGGAUGGGUACGUUCCUUGUUUUCGAGUUUAUGAUCGACACAGUGCUGUAUGCACGAGACAGAUGGUUGAAGGCUGAUGGUGUGAUAUGGCCUUCAAAUGCAAAGUUAUUUGUUGUACCUUGUUGUGCAGAAGAAGCUUAUAAAGAGAAAGUUACUGCAUGGAACAAUCAAUAUGGUUUUGAUUUUUCUCCUUUUCUUAACAGAGCUAAGACAGAAGUUCUUAACAGACCUUUGCAUAACCAUGAGCUUGACCCAAGGGACUGCUUGUCUCAAGGAGCAGUUCUUUUGGAUAUUGACAUGUCCACAUUUGCGAAGGAAAAUCUUGAACUGAUGUCGGAAAAUUUUGAGUUUGUGAUUAGUAAGGAAGGUACAUUACAUGGGCUGUGUUCAUGGUUCAGUGUAACUUUUGGAGGGAUACCCAUCACAGAUACAUCAGAAUGUGUGAUACUGUCAACAGCACCUGAUCAAGAACAAACUCACUGGAAACAAAAUCUUUUUCUACUAGAAGAACCAGUGACUGUUCAUGUUGGUAAUUUUAUUGAAGGUUCUGCCACCUUGAGGCGAAAUCCUAAAUAUAGACGGCAUAUGAAUGUCACUUUUGAAUUUAAUAUUUUCACUAGUGAUUCAAAAGGAGAAAUUGUUUAUAGCAAUAAGAAAAAAUAUUUUAUUUGGAGAUAG